AUGGCCAGUAGAUUUACCCUUCCUCAAUACAAGCAGAGCAAAAUCUCAGAUUCACUAGAGGUGCCUAUGGUGAUCAGCGAAGUUGCAGUUGCGCGCAAACUCGAUAACCGAUUGGUUCGUGGAUGUUUAUCUCUCAGCACCAACUACGUUUUGAUGGCCGACGCGGCAGGGUGGCCAAGUACAUUUUCCGCCCUAGAAUUAGGUGUUUUUACCACCACCAGAAAGAUUUGGGGUGCAACGUCGGUGGCAGCGGCUACCAGACCCGAUGCUAAAUGA